UUGUCAGUUUAGUGUACGGUUCUGUCAAAGUAGGCAGCUGUUUACGUUUUGUAUCGUUAUUUUGCGAUCGUUUUGCACAACUUUUGUUAUACCGUAUUGUUUUUAUUUUAACACUUUUGCUUCUACGAUAUCGGUGAAUUAUAUGUGUGAUUUUUUUGUUAAUUUCUUUAAACCAUGUCAGAUGUCAAGAGGUGAAUAAGUAGUGUGUUUGUGUCUAACGUGUGAGUGACAGUUUUUAUAUUGUUUGGGAUUCGUGCGAUAAACAUAUCGGUACCUCAAUGAUACAAGUUUCAACAAGUUAUAGGAACGCAUGAUGUCAGUGCGCAUUUGAAACACGUUAACAAUCAGCUGAUGCGGUUGUGAGGUGCGCAGGUGAGAUGUGGGCGGCAUGGCGCGCGCUGGCGCACCUCCUGCUCGUGCUCGGCGUGCUCGGCGCGCACGAAGCUACAUACCACAAUCAGUUUGCGGUGCACGUGCCCAAUGGGGAAAGGCACGUUCAUGAUAUUGCGAAACGACACGGCUACGUCAACCAUGGACAGAUCGGUUCACUGAGAGGAUACUAUUUACUGUCGCAUCACGAAGUACAUAAAAGGUCAACGGAGCCGAGUCAUGAACAUCAUCGUAAGCUGAACGAUGAACCUGAGGUACGAUGGUUCCAACAACAACGGGAGCGGCGGAGAGUAAAGCGGGAUUACACGCAGCGCGACGCCGGCCUCUGGUCACAGUUCAGUCGACGUAUGCCUUCCCACCGCACCCGACACCGGGCCCUCAACCCCACGCCUUUCUUCCCUGAUCCAUUGUUCAAGGAACAAUGGUAUUUGAAUGGAGGAGCAAAAGACGGUCUAGACAUGAACGUGGCCCCAGCUUGGCAAAAAGGUUACACAGGAAAAGGCGUGGUUGUUUCCAUUCUUGAUGAUGGUAUACAAACGAAUCAUCCAGAUUUAGCGCAAAAUUAUGAUGCUAACGCUUCAACAGAUAUAAACGGUAACGAUGACGAUCCAAUGCCUCAAGACAAUGGUGAUAACAAACACGGUACAAGAUGUGCAGGGGAAGUCGCUGGAGUAGCUUAUAAUCAAUAUUGUGGUGUUGGUAUAGCUUACAACGCGAGUAUAGGUGGUGUACGGAUGUUAGACGGUGUAGUGAAUGAUGCUGUUGAAGCUAGAGCGUUAGGAUUAAAUCCAGACCAUAUAGACAUAUACAGUGCUUCCUGGGGACCUGAAGAUGAUGGCAAGACUGUUGAUGGUCCUGGACCAUUAGCAAGAAGGGCCUUUAUAUACGGUGUUACAAGUGGUCGACGGGGAAAAGGCAGUAUAUUUGUUUGGGCUUCAGGAAAUGGUGGAAGACAUACAGACUCUUGCAAUUGUGAUGGUUACACAAACAGCAUAUUCACGCUAUCUAUUUCUAGUGCUACUCAAGGAGGAUACAAGCCGUGGUACCUAGAAGAAUGCUCGUCCACUCUUGCUACCACCUAUAGUUCAGGUACACCGGGACACGAUAAGAGUGUCGCAACCGUUGAUAUGGAUGGUCGGUUAAGACCUGAUCAUAUAUGCACCGUAGAGCAUACGGGAACAUCAGCAUCUGCGCCUUUAGCUGCUGGAAUUUGUGCAUUAGCCUUAGAAGCUAAUCCUGAAUUAACCUGGAGAGAUAUGCAAUAUCUAGUUGUUCUUACAUCACGACCACAACCUCUAGAAAAAGAAACCGGUUGGAUUAUAAACGGAGUUAAAAGAAAAGUAAGCCAUAAAUUUGGCUACGGUUUGAUGGAUGCAUCAGAAAUGGUUAGUUUAGCAGAGCAAUGGGUGUCAGUACCGCCACAGCAUAUUUGCAAGUCACAAGAAAUUAACGAAGAUAAAUCAAUAGAUUCUUCAUAUGGUUAUACUUUAAGUGUUCACAUGGAUGUAAAUGGUUGUAGCGCGACAGUAAAUGAAGUACGUUAUUUAGAACAUGUGCAGUGUAAAAUAUCACUAAGAUUCUUCCCCAGAGGAAAUCUACGAAUCCUUCUCACGUCUCCAAUGGGGACCACAUCAACUCUUCUCUUUGAAAGACCGAGAGAUGUCGUGAGUUCUAAUUUCGAUGAUUGGCCAUUCUUAAGCGUCCAUUUCUGGGGAGAACGUGCUGAAGGCAGAUGGACCUUACACAUUGUAAAUGCUGGAAACAGACACGUUAAUCAACCCGGAGUGCUAAAGAAAUGGCAGUUAAUAUUUUAUGGCACGUCAGUCGAACCGGUUAGACUUAGAGGCAAAAGGCCUUCAGCAAUCGCUCCUCCUUUCCACUGCUCGACUUGUUCCGAUAAAGCUGAUUCGUGUACUUCUUGUGAGCAUCACUUAGUUCUACACAAUGGUACAUGUUUGGCGUCCUGUCCACCCUCGUACUUUGAAACUGAGGACUACUCGUGUGCUAAAUGCCAUUCAUCUUGUGACACUUGUGAAGGUCCUGCGGAAACUCAGUGUGUGACUUGUCACCCUUCGAGCUAUUCUUUAGAAGGCCGAUGUGUUAACGCAUGUCCAAGUGGAUAUUAUGCAGACAAGAAGAGAAAAGAAUGUAUGAAAUGUCCCGUUGGUUGUUCUACUUGUAUAAGCGCCUUUUGCAUGACUUGUGACACCAAUUGGGAGUUAAAUAAAAAAGGAAAAUGUGUUCGGACUGGAUCUGAUAAAUGUAGUUCAAGUGAAUACUUUGACGGUGGCAAUUGCAAUCGUUGUAACGUCGCCUGCGACUCCUGCUAUGGUGACGAGGAUACCAAUUGCCUGACGUGUCCUACGCCGAAUCUAUUAGAAAAUUACAAAUGUGUCGCUGAGUGUAGUCAUGGUUUCUACUCGGAGUCUGGGCGGUGUACGCGCUGUGUGCACGGGUGCGCCGCCUGCGUGUCGCGGCUCAACUGCACCGCCUGCGCGGGAGCCCUGCGUCUGCAAUCCGGAGCCUGUCGUACCUCCUGUGCUGAUGGGUACUACGCGGACCGUGGCAUGUGUGCUAAGUGCUACCUGUCAUGUCGCACGUGCAUCGGGCCACGUCGUGACCAGUGUGCUUCAUGCCCCUCGGGCUGGCGGUUGGCUGCCGGGGAAUGCCACCCUGAGUGUCCGCAAGGCUUCUACCAGAGUGUGGGCGGGUGCCAAUGCUGCCAUUGUAAUAUGGAUACUGGUGAGUGUAUAAACUCGUCGGUGGCGGGCAAGCGGCGCAUCGCGGAGUGGGGCGCGCUGCAGGCGGCGCGCGCGCCGGCGCCGAGCGCGGCCGCCGUCGCCCUCACGGUGUGCGCCGCCGCCGCCGCCGUCUUUCUCGCCGUGCUUUUUGUAUUACAGAUCCGGAGUGCAAAUCGUCCAAAAUCUACAAAGCGCGGAGUUAUAUACUCCCCGCUGGCGUGUAACGAUGAAGGUGACGUCACAGUUCUGACCUCCCACACCUCGUUCCCCGUCGACCCGCCCGAGCAAGUCCGCGAGCAUUUCCGCGAACAUAUCCGCGAGCACGAACACGAGCCUCUGCUCGAGCAUUCCACAUAACGCUGUGAUCAUAGACGUAAGUGACUUUAGACGCUCGUUGUUUAGUUCAAUUUGGUGACUGGAGUUUUUGAAAUACAGUAAUUUUAAAUAAUAAACUAUCUAUUUAAAGAAUAAAAUGACAUUUGAAAUAAUUGCAAAAGAUUGAUAGUAGAUUUCUGCAAUUCUGCAGUUUACUAAAAAAAUUAGAAAUGAAACCGACAAUUACGUAGUAAAGAAUAUUGUUUUUAAAAUAAGAUUUUUAAAUGUCCAUGGUUCAAUAUUUUUAAUUAAAUUUGAACCAUUAUUUGUCAAGUUUGUAAUGAAAAUGUAGUCAAAGUCCACUUUAUGAUAGAAAAUCUAUCACCAUAUUGAAUUAGACAAAUGUAGACGAUCACUUUCGGAUGUGAAAUAGGGACAAUAUGAAGCGCUCCGAAGUGAUAGACGUAAGUUCAACGUUUUAGUGAUAUUUGGUCGCAAUUUUCCUAGCUAUUGAAUAUUUGAGGACCACGUUAAAUCAUAAAUAUGCAUAUUUUUUUGUAAAUUCCAUUGUUAAUAGCAAUUUGUUGGAGACUGAUGAUUGCUAUAUUUUAACAUCAGGCGCAUUAGACAGAAAAUCUUUCCUUUCGUGUUUCUUUAAAAAUGUAUAGCAUUAUCAGUCUUCAAAUCAUUUGAAAUAUCACUUUACUGUGGUGUAGAUAUGAAAAUAUUAAUUGUAAUGUAACAAAAUAAGUGUAAAUUUUAAGAUGAACAAAACGUUCUUAUUUGAUGUGAAAAUGUGAUAUGAGCAAACUGAUGAAGGAUUGCUUUGAAUCUUUUAAAAUGAAUUUGGCUUUUCAAUUCUAAUAGCUUUAUCGAUUUCAACUUAACGAUAUUUCCUCACUUUCCUUUUGGUUUAAUGAAAAUUUUAUUUUUAAAUUUAUAAAGACUUGUAUAUGUAAGUCUUUAGACGAUCUGAUUUAUUCUAUUUCUCGUUUUAAACACUAUUUUACUUCUGAAACCUCUAAUAUCUUUGAGCUAUUGUUAAAUUGUGAAUCUCCGUCACAAAUAUCUAUAAAAAUAUAAUUUUAGCUAAUAAUAAUAUAGUUUAGGUUUCACAAGUUACCAUAGACAGAAUUUGUACAAUUAAUCGAAUGAUUUCAAAAACCAAUAGAUUUUAAUUUAGUUAUGUUUUAUUUUAAGUAGAAAAGCUGUUAUUUCGGCGUUUUAAACUUCGUCUUGUUUUCGUAUCGCGCCGGAUGUUUUACUUGUGUUUUAAGUAAAAUUAGUUGUCAAUAUGUUAAAUUUCAUAUUUUAGAUAUAGACAAUUUUAAAUUCUUUUAUCUGGUUUGAUGGAUAUCGUAUUUUAUUUCGAUGUCUUUUUCAUAUGAAUAUG